AUGUACGACUCCUAUCGACCCCACCCUCUUCUCGCCCAGGUCCCACUGACCGUCUCACCCUUCAUCAACCUCCCCACCUCCGUCACAUUACCCUACACAUACAAAUCCGUCCCCUCAUCUCUACCCCCCUCAGUGACAAUCGAUCCAAGCAGCCCUGAUGGUAAAGCCCGCUAUGUCGUCUCCCCCAGCGGUGGGCACGCAGCUCACCCAGACGACGUCCUCGCCGCGUGCCACUCCCUCGAACAUCAUUUGAAUAUGGCUCGCGCCAACGCGGACCAAGCGAUCAACUCAUGGAAAGAGUCGAUCAAACAACGCGAACUAGCCGAGAAAAGACGCCUGGCUCCUGGUUGGCUCGACCGCGAAGAAAAGCUCCUUCAGCCUAGCCGGGCCAGUAUGUCCCCUGACGCACAGGGUGAUGCCCAUCCAAGCCUGCUGGAUAGCUCUUCCCCAGACCAAGGCUCUUCGCAACUGCCGAGCAUGGUGCCGCAUAAUGAUGGAGAGGAGUUGGAUAGAGCGUUCGGUGGUCUAGGUGUGAAAUGA